GCAGGUGAGUCUGUUUCACGUGCCGCUUGCAGACGGUACUUUUUGAAGUCGUUCGCGCUGCAGUUUACUUGAAAAGAGGAAGUGUUUUUGGUUUGUUUUGGCUGCGGAAGGAAGUUUGUUGCAGCAUAUCAGCAAUGAAGGAGCUAUAAUUAUCUCCCAGUGUUUUGGGACAGUGGUUCGAAAGAGGGUCGGGUUUUUGUUGUUGCUUUUUUGUCUUCAGAAAACAUGGUGUCAGGGCUCGAAAACGUUUUGUGGGUGUGUUGGAAAUCCGACUUCAAUCUGUGACCAAAACAUAAAUGCGCCUGUUCUGUUUUUUGGACCAUUUGGAGACAACUGUUACUUUUGAAGAUUUUGGACUGGAACAGUGAUGGAUGUUAGAAACGAGGAGGAAGGAGAACCCCUUCCCGUGGACCGAGAUGGGAGACAAUUCAGUAAUGGACAAGACGAACUUGAUAGCCACAGAAAACUAGGAUGUUGUGAGAAAUUCCAACAGUCUGUCUCCAAGUGGAUGCUUCCAGAAGACUCUCGCAGCAGAUACUUGGAACGUGCCAACUGCUGCCCACCUCCCAUCUUCAUCAUUCUCAUCAGUAUUGGGGAGUUGGCCGUGUUUAUCUACUAUGCUGUGUGGAAGCCACAGAAGCAGUGGGUGACCCUGGAGGAUGGUAUCUGGCAUAGCCGUCUUAUUUACAAGCCUGACCACAGGCAGGAAGCAUGGCGAUUUCUCUCCUACAUGUUUGUCCAUGCUGGUGUGGAGCACAUCGUGGGCAAUCUGAUCAUGCAGCUGUUGCUUGGCAUACCGUUAGAACUGGUCCACAAAGGCUUUGAAGUAGGAAUGGUUUACACUGCUGGUGUCCUGGCAGGAUCUCUGGCAAGUUCGAUAUUUGAUCCUCUCAGUGCUUUGGUUGGAGCCUCUGGAGGCGUGUACGCGCUCAUAGGAGGUUAUUUUAUGAAUGCUGUGGUGAAUUUCCGAGAGAUGAUUCCUCUGCUUGGAAUAUUCCGUAUCCUCGUCAUAGUGAUUAUUGUUGGCACAGAUUUUGGAUUUGCCAUCUACAGAAGAUUUGUUGAAGAUGAGGCUGGCAUGAAGGUGUCAUUUGUGGCCCAUGUUGGAGGAGUCAUUGCAGGAAUGACCAUUGGCUACGUCUUCUUUAGCGAUUACAACAAGAAACUACUGAAAGACCCACGAUUCUGGAUAUGCAUUGUGGGUUUUGUAGUAUUUGUGCUCUUUGCUGUGUUCUUUAACAUCUUCUUGUCCCCAGUGUCGUAGAAUGUACAGCUUCUUCGACACUAAACUCUUUCUGGUCUCACUCAGGAAGGUGAUUUUUUUUUUUUUCUUUUUCCUUAAAUAUGCUUUUCAGGGACUUUAUAAAUAUGGUGCACAUUUGCUUUUUCAUAUGUAGCGUUGCAGAAGAUGUCACAUUUUGGGUAAUGUUCAUGACAGUGUGCCUUGUUAAAAAGUUGGAACUGAAUGGAAAAC